AUGAAUACGUCGUUGAGUAAUAAUGAAAAUGAAAACAAUUUUUAUAUAAAGUCCUUUUUUGAAUCACUAUCAAAUUUUAUUAAAAAUAUAAAAAUUGAAAUAAAGGAUAUAUUUGAAUUACUUAAUUAUCCAUGUGUUUAUCAUAACUCUAAAAAAAAAUUUAGUGUAAGUGAAAAUGAUGAUUAUAAAAAUUCUUUAACAACAAAUGUAAUCAGCAAAAUAGACAAAAAAAAUAUUGAAAAUUUUAAAGUAUAUCAAAAGGAACUACAUAAUAUUUUACAAAAUAUUAAAACUUUUAACGAAAAAUAUAAAAUGGAUGUACCUUUAUUAUCAAUAAUAGAAAAUUUAAUAAUCUUACAUUUAAUUAAUGAAUAUAAAAUUAAUAAUAUUGUCAAAAAAAUAAAGGAACAUAAUAUACCAAUGCCCGAAUCAAAUAGUGAUUUGCCGGAUUACAUAAUUCCAACAUUAGAAUUAGAAGAAAACCAAAACAAGUCAAAUUUGAAUGUCAGUAUAAGUGAAAUAAAUAAUUUGUCCAUAAAAAAUAAUGCUGUGAAACAUAUUUUGGAGAAUGCACAAAUAAAAGUAAAUUUUUCUAAACUUUUUAAAUUGAAUGAAGAAAAUCACUUAAAUUCAAGCAGUAUAAAUCCCAGUUCAGAUCUUAAUGAAAAAUCAAAUGAAUUAAACAUAUAUAAAAAAGACGAUCAAAUUAAUAAGUUAACCAAUGAUAUAAAGGAAGAUAUAAAUAAUGAGACAAACGAAAAUCAAUAUUUAAAUAGGUCAUACAACAGUGAGAACGAAAAACAUAAUCUUAGGACGAGUAAAAAUGACGAAAAAGCUAAUCCAAUUGAAAAUAUUGGCUUAUCCGAAGAAACACUAAAGUUAUUAAAUUUGUUGCCCAAGAAAAGAAAAAAUAAUGAAAUCAAAAUGGAUGAAUAA